CGCCGCCGACGUUGACGACGCGCCGAGACGGUUCUCUGUUGUUGCGUUGUACUCACGCCGUACACUCUGUUGCUUAGUGUACGGGACGACGACGGCGGCGACGGCCGACGCGAACGGGGCACGACACGCUAUUAAUGAUGAUGGUUUAUCAGUUCGUCGUGGUCCGCUACUACGCCGCGACCGUAUCGGCGGUCGCCACCGGGUGAUUGCCGGGCGACGUCGGGCAGGAGGAGACGCAGCAGCAGUGGAUAUCCAGAUCUGUGCGUGCACUGGCACACGUCGCGUAGGAAGCGCCGGAAGUCCGGUAUCCCGUCGUCUCUGGCUACCGCAGCGACACGAGAAACGCGCGAGAUCUCUCCUCGCGGUCGCCACCCGCAGAUUACAGGUGCGACCAGCGUGCGAGUUGUGAUGUGACGCAGGGUGGACGAGAGCAUCGUACGCGUGAUUAGCUGUAGCUGGGUGUGCUAUGCUAGCCGCCCGCCACGUUCUGCUCCUGUUGGUGGCCGGUUCGUUUCUCGCCUUAUCGGUCCUCGCGCUACCACAAGACAAAGUCAUAGAGAGAAAAUUUGGUGACAAAUGCGAAUCUAACGACGACUGUCAUUUCAACGGGUCGAUAUGUAGAAUUGACCGGAGCAAUAAAAAGUGUCUGUGUCAACCCGAAUUUGAGGCCACCAACCACAUCGACAAAUGCGGGCACAACGUAGCGAUUAACAAACCGUGUUUUUUUAACGAGCAAUGUGAGAACCUCGUAUUUCAAACAGAGUGCAGGGAUGAUGUUUGCGUUUGCCGGUUCGAGAAGACUCCGGUAUUCCAAACGGAUGGAACAGUCCAAUGUAUUGCAAAAAACAGUUCUAACUCCGAACCUUAUACUGAUCCAGCAAUGUUAUGCGUGUUGGCUGGGAUGUGCUUGAUGUUCAUCAUAAUAUGUGUUGUACUGAGAUUGUUUAGCAAGGCACGUUGGAGAGAAAACCGUACGAUAUUCAACACGCCCAACCCGAGAUUGAUGAACGUGUCGCUACUGAGAGACAACAAACCGCCGCCCGGAGCAGCCGGCGAACGUAGAGGUAGCAAAUCCAGUACAAAGACCCAUUCCCCUUCGAGACAACCAAGCAUGGCCUCGUUGAAGCCCCAAUCGCCUUCUUUAGGUCGCGGAGUUCGGAGCAACAACAACGGCGGUAACUCAGAAAGCAUAAGAUCUCCGACUACUAAAAGUCCCAUGGCACUUCCGGCAGAACCAAAAACAUCUGUGGCUGUGGACAUACAGCCCGCCGUGUGAAUGUAACAUCGGACGAUAUACACUUGCAUCGCGUCACCAUGUAUUAAUGCUUAACCGGUGUCAGGACAUCAUAGGCAAUGAUUUUAUUUUUAAACAAAAUUAUUCUUCUUCUUUCUACUUUAUUCGCAAACGGGCUUGAUUGCUUUUGGGACCAUGGCUACUGGUUUAUUCAUUUUUCAAUAACAUUCAAACAUAAUAUUAUCAAAACAUAUAAUUAUAGUUUUUAAAAAUCUUAUUAAAAAAAAAUAUAUACAUAUUUAUACAUAUAUACAUCGAUAAAUCGCAAUAACUGCGUGCUAUAUUUUUAAAACUAUUUUAAUACUUGGAAUUCACGAUGCUUAGAAUAUUUAAGACGAAGCGCUUGGCAACAUUAGCCAAGAGCUAUUCUACACACAAUAAAAUACUUUUACAACAUGAAUUUGUAUUACUUAAAUAUUUAAAAAUAAUUUAACAUACUCAUUAUA